AUGUCGGCGACGCUCGGCUGUAGUAUCAAGCUGGCAGAGCCGACUGCCGUCCAGCUCGCGCAACUAAUUGCAUGGCUCGUUGAUGGUGUUCAGCCUGGUAAUCAGAAGUUGGGGCCAUCCUGGGGAAAAACCUGGACACAUGGGGCCGGUUUACGAGCGACAUUCCGCUUUGCGGGGGUGGAGAAUGGCCUCCAAUUGUUGCUUCUGGCCAGAGGGAGCAGCGUGAGGCACGAGAUGAGCGCGACUGUUCUCCUCUUUGCCCACGACUUUGGCAGCCCUUCCGAACUCACGAACUUCUUAGUUGUAUGGCUUCGCUCAAUGAUGAUCAAGCCACCAGCAUUCUGCCCUAGAGUACUGUUGAUAACCGAAGAAGAAGCCCCUGUUGAUGUGGUUGACUUGCGAUCGCGGUUGACGGCUGGCCUACUGUCUCAUCUUUGCGUAGGCGACCCGACGCGGGCGUACACGGCUGCUGAGAUUCAUGAGCUGAUGCGAGAGACGUUGCGUCUUGACACCAUAGAAGUACGGCCUGGGCCAAGGUUUGGGUCAUCUCUCUUGGCGCAGACUGCGCGCGCCUGCAACGAACGACAGGUAUCAAGCGUCUUCUUCUCUGCCCUUCACUGGAAGGCGCUGUUCAAAGACGCGCUUACGCAAUACGCGAGAAGCCCGCCUAUCCCAAUCUCUUUUUGCCGGUUGUCCAGGCUGGCCAAUGCCGUGCCAGUCAAUAUGGCCAUCCAUCUGGCAGGCUUUCUGCAAGCCACAGCGCUGGAAGGCUUGGAUCAGGCAACAAUCCUGGCAUCGGCCCUGUCUAUGAACGCAUGUCCUCCUGGGAUGUAUCAAUUCUCUCCAGACAUCGUCUACUCGGACCUCUAUAAAGACGAAGUACUACGCGCAGCUUCACACCUGAAAGCCGGCCGACCCCUCGCUUUGCAAAUCGAAGCGAGGUUUAUCAGCAGUUCGACCGACAAUUUGGUGCUUCGGUUCUUUUCGCAGAUGCGCAUCGAGACCUGA